AGCGUUUGAAUAUUUGCCCAUUGUAAUAAUAAAAACUCCACUUCGCAACGGGUAUUUACUUAUGUAUGCCUUUAUCUUUCCGUUCCUUUCAUAGCGCGUGGCAUAAUGGAUGCAAAAGUUUGGCUUUUUUUUAGUGUUGUUCUUUUAUACAUAGGUGGAUGUGAAGGCGGUUAUUGCACUCAGUACUAUUCAUGUGCAUACACUUGUUACCGUAAAUCUAAGUACUACACAUCAUGUGGCCUCUUUGGGUGGCAAAGAUGUUCAAAAUACAGAUCACGAUCGUCUACCUGCUACAAGCAGUGCAGUCGGAACGUGUGUUGUACGGGAUAUCAGGGGUCGGUUUGCAGCCAACCAAUUUGUUUCGGAUCGACAAGUUGCCCGAACGGCGGAUUUUGUAUAGCUCCAGACACGUGUAGUUGUCGUAAGGGUUAUUCUGGCACAAGGUGUUCAGCAAUUUGUUUCGGAUCGACAAGUUGCCCGAACGGCGGAUUUUGUAGAGCUCCAGACACGUGUAGUUGUCGUACGGGUUUUUCUGGCACAAGGUGUUCAGACAUUGAUGAGUGUAGAUCUGGUACAGCGAGAUGUAACCACACAUGUACCAACACACAAGGUUCAUUCAGGUGUUCCUGUAGUAGCGGCUAUACUUUGGCGAGUGACCGCAGAACAUGUUCUGACAUUGAUGAGUGUAGAUCUGGUACAGCGAGAUGUAAUCACAACUGUACCAACACAGAAGGUUCAUUCAGGUGCUCCUGUACAAGCGGUUAUACUUUAGUGAGUGACGGCAGAACAUGUUCUGACAUUGAUGAGUGUAGAUCUGGUACAGCGAGAUGUAAUCACAACUGUACCAACACAGAAGGUUCAUUCAGGUGCUCCUGUAGAAGCGGUUAUACUUUAGUGAGUGACGGCAGAACAUGUUCUGACAUUGAUGAGUGUAGAUCUGGUACAGCGAGAUGUAAUCACAACUGUACCAACACAGAAGGUUCAUUCAGGUGCUCCUGUAGAAGCGGUUAUACUUUAGUGAGUGACGGCAGAACAUGUUCUGGUAUGUUCUCAUGAAAUAAAAGUAUGAACACAGUUCAUUAUUAUGUAGGUUUGUUCAUGAAACAAUGGAAGAUAAUCAAAUUAACGACGUUAUCAGAAAGACAACGGCCGUUAGGGAAUUCAAUGUAGGUUGGAAGUGUCCGCUCAGGUAUAUCUUCAUGAUUCAUUUGUUUUAUAACAUACAUUGUACACUCGUUUUAAUCGAGGUUCAAUUUCAUUUAAGAACUAACACAAUUUCAAUUUAAAAGCUUUCUACGGAUCCUCCUCGCAUUUAUUAAAAGGACGAGUCUUUAAACUUUCACAAUUCAUCCUGCAAUUAAUAUCUUUAAGAAAUGUAACCUAGCAAUAAAACAAUUAAGGUAAACUGUCAAUAUACCGACACAUGUUUUGUUCUAUGAAAUAACACUUAAGUAAAAUCAGUGUUGGUUUUUAGAGUUGUAAACAAUUUAUAUCUUCCUUAACGUUGUGUUGUACUGCAAUCAUGGAGAAUCAGGACUAUCUCAAUAAGGAUUGCCUGAGCUCGAUUAAAUGAAUAAUCGGAAAAGCCUGAAGGCAGUGUUUAAUGGAACAUCAACAAUGAGUGCUCGGUAACUUUUAUGAUAAAAUACUUUUGAUCGCAAAUCUUUGUCCACAUUAUCUAAACCUUUUUUUUCUUUGCAUUUAAGACAUUGAUGAGUGUAGAUCUGGUACAGCGAGAUGUAAUCACAACUGUACCAACACAGAAGGUUCAUUCAGGUGCUCAUGUAGAAGCGGUUAUACUAUAGUGAGUGACGGCAGAACAUGUUCU